CCCCAUUCAGCGCAGAAGAGUCCUUGAAUAACGGAAUACCACAAACUUUGAAAAAAGACACAAUUGCAACGAUGCAGAAUCGAAAGGGAAGUGCAGUCACAUGGAGUCACGUAUGUCUCUACUCUUUUUCAGGAGUCAUUGUUUUAUUGGAGAAAGCGGCACUUGUACUGUGCUUCACACACUACCUCUGGAUGGGAGAAGAGCUGCUGGCCUGGUUGACACUGGGUCUGUGCUUGCCUUCUGUCACUGCUGUGCAGAUGCUCAGUCUGAGGUGGUCCAUCACUGAUGAUGCAGACAGAUCCAAGCCCUCACUCAUCCUUGUGCACUGCCUGCAUCUGGGCAUCUAUCACAGGUUAUGGAGCUGCAUGAAGUCUCAAGGUGGGCAGCUGAAGUUUGUUGCAUUAUUAAUGCAACAGGCUGAUGUUUCUGCUCUGUGUCUGAUCGAGGCCCUGACGCUCAGCCUGCCUCAAAGUCUACUGCAGACCUACAGUUUAUUCACCCUUCACCCCGGCUUUCUGUCACCAGUGGUCUUAUGCGUCGGGCUGAGCCUGCUGAAUGUGUCCUGGUUUCUGGUCCUGUUCAGCCGUUCAUGCUUUCUGCUUCGUCCUGGUCACCUGCACAUGACUCCUGCUGCAAUGCUGUGCCAGCUCGUAUGGAGAGGGGGCAUGUUGGGUGCCAGGGUGGCCAGCCUCAUGUUCUUCUGCAGUACGUUUCACUGGUGGUUCUCUGGAGUCUUGGGUUUCCACUGGCUCAUUAUGACAUUCUGGCAAGUGUCCCAGCAGACAGACAUCUGCAUUAACCGGAGUUCCUGGCGUCUCUUCAACUUCAUCUUAGGGGCGCUGCACAUUUUCCUGUUUUUUAACGUUAAAGACGGUCCCUCGCGGUACCGCAUGACUGGGUUCUAUUUGUUAAUGUUGCUGGAGAACACGUUCCUUCUACUUCUGGCGUCAGACUCGCUCAGUGGGCCUUCAUGGGACAGCAUGAGUAUUCCUGUGGCUGUCUUAUGCAGCUUCUUUAUCGGUGUCAUUUUUGUGGUUCUUUACUACCGAUUUCUUCAUCCAAAAUCCACUGAGAUCCUCCAGAGUCUGAGACUCCAAAUGAGCUUGACAACUAUUGACCGAACAACGGAUGGACACUGCAAAGACACAACAGUUGAAUCGUCCACACACAAUCAUGGCACUUUCUCAGUGACUGAUUUUGCUCCUGUGAGGCAUGCAGGAGGCUGUUCUGUUCAGCCUCUAGAGGGCGGUUGGCACCAUCAUUGUAUGUUAAUACACCUGGCUGUCAAAACUGGAAACACAGACAAGAUCAACUGCCUGUAUGGAGACAGAGGGCUUUCAUUCUUCCUGGGGAAUGAUGAUGCACCCGACACAGAUGCUGAAGGGAACCCUUGUAACCAGCCAUCAGUGGAAGGAGGAGAACGAUCCGAAAGCUGUCAGGUUGAAAAGAGAGAGGGAUUUUCUGGUGCUGAAGUUGGACAGCAGUCUCCAGAGAAGGGUGCGGUGUAUAACACCUGUCCCGCAGACUGCAGUAGUACUGUUUACUUUAGUGCGGAACCCCACUCCUCCUAUAGUGUCAGCGAUUCUACCUUAGAUAAAGAGAAUAUGGCUGUGAUCAGUCCCAUAAUGAAUGGAGCUGAACUGAUCUUGACUGCUAAACAGCUGUUGAACAGGAACCCAUGUUAUACAUCAACUCCAAUGCAAGACCUCAAAACAAUGCACAGUACAAGUCCUCGAUUAGCAGGGGCUCGAAGACAGGUACAGUUUUAAUAUUAAAACUGGCAUACCAUAAAAAUAUGUGAAUUGGGAUAAAGCUAAUAAACAUGAUCUGUUUAUUAUUAGCACAUAUUAACCACUAUAAGCUGCAGGUUAUCUUUAUCUGCAGUUUGUUACCAUUAGUUAUAAGCUUAGUGAAUUAAAAUCCGUUUACAUUUAUUACUAUUAAGUUACAUGGACAAAUUUUACUUGCUGC